AUGAUCUUUUUCCUUUUUUUCUCACCUUUCGUUAAUUCGGAAUCGAACGUUAAGGUGACAUUCAACGAUGUUGUUUUCCUAUGCUCCAAAAGAGAGAAAAAUCUAAGCAUAGAGAACAACAACGUUGAUUUACCAGCAAUUGAUACAAAUUUCAACGGUUCCAUCCACCUCGACGGCUUCAAAUCAAUCAACGACGAAGUGUACACAGUCACUAACAUUGGCCAAGGCGCUUUUGCUAAGACAAACGUCGUAAGUGUUACAUUACCAGAUACGAUCAUAGAAAUAGGUGCUGGAGCAUUUGCGUAUAUGAAUCGGUGUAUGUUUGUCGAUCUGGAGAACACUAAAAUUACGAAAUUAAGCGAUAAAAUUUUUUACAAUUCAUCGAUAACUGAGGUGAAACUACCCAAUACGCUUAUAUCAAUAGGGGAGAAAUCAUUUGAGAAGAGUUCUAUCAUCAAUAUCUCCUUCCUUCCAAGCUUUCUCAGCAUUGGAAGAGCUGCAUUUAGAAAUUGUCGAAAUUUACAGAACAUUGACUUAAUAUCUACCGGAAUUACAACUAUACCAGCCGAAUGCUUCGCAUUUUCAUCAAUAACAAACCUUAUUUUACCAGAAAAUUUAAUAUCAAUCUCAGAUCACGCUUUUUUCAACUCCUCGUUAGUCACAAUCUCAUUUCCAGACAAGCUCAGCGAGAUCCAAGAGUUUUCGUUCGCUAAUUGUGAGAAUUUAACGACAAUCGACAUUUCCGAGACAAAAGUGAACGUAAUUUCCAAAAGUACAUACGAGAACUGUACGAAACUACAGCGAAUACGCACAUCCCUACUACUUACAAGCAUCUGCGAGCGUUCUUUUUACAAUUCCGGAUUAUUAUCAUUCACAGCCAUGCAAAGUGUGAACAAAAUCAAGACAUCAGCAUUCGAACAUUGUACUGAGAUGAUAAAAAUCGAUCUUACGCGUUGUAAUUUGUCAGUUUUGGAAGAUUAUGUUUUUUCAUCAUGUUACAAGCUUUCUUCCAUCAAACUGUCACCAAACUUGUACUCAAUAGGUGUUGGUGCAUUCCAAAACACUCAAAUCAGCAGUUUUGAAGCAAAAUUUAAUUUAUAUGAUAUUCAAUCAUCGGCGUUUGAGAAUUGUACAUCGAUAACCAAAGUUUCCUUGGAGGAAUCAUCACUUUCAUCCAUAAACGAACGAACUUUCUUCAACUGUUCCGCAUUAAAAAUAAUAAUUUUGUCAAAAACCAUCAAAACAAUAUGUAACGAAGCAUUCCGGUCCUCAGGGUUAGAAUCAUUUGCAUCAGACACGGUCGAAAAGCUCGGAAUUGGUGUUUUCACAGAUUGUGAUUGUUUGCAACUUGUUUCAUUGACAUCUGUCCAUGAAAUCCCCAACUACAUGUUCCAGUGGUGUCCGGCGUUGACGAAACUCGAAGUUUCCGGCGAAAUCAGGAAAAUCGGAAAUUUAGCAUUUUCUUUCUGUUUCGAUUUGAAGGAGAUAGACCUAUCUAAGACACGUAUAGAGACAAUUGGUGACUCUGCCUUCGCGUUUACUAGUUCUUUGGAAAAGAUUUUGUUCCCUGACAGUUUAAUUUCACUUGGAACAUGUUGUUUCUUCGAAAGCUCCAUAAAAAAUAUAAAAACACCAAAUCUUUUAUACAUCGGUCUCGCUUGUUUCCAAGAUUCGGAAAUUUCAGAAAUUUUUUUACAAAAAGUGACAAAAAUUACAAAAAAUUGUUUCAAACACAGUAAAUUGAGAAAGAUCACGAUAAACAGUGCUAAAACAAUAGAGGAUGGUGCAUUUCAAGACACAUUGAUAGAAGAAAUAGAGUUGCCUGAUGAAAUUGAAGAAAUUGGAAAUUUUUCUUUUGCAAAUUCUUCUUUGAAAAAUAUAAAUCUCGAAAAAACUCUACUUAGAAGUCUCAGGAAAUCUCUUUUUGUCAAUGCAAGUGAACUAACAAAAGUAACACUGCCUGAUAGUAUAUCCGUAAUAGAGGACAACUGUUUCGAGAACUGUUUGAAGUUGGAAGAAAUAAAUUUGCAAAAAACAAAUUUGAAAUUUUUGAAAAAUGAUGUUUUCGUAAAUUGCCAAAAUUUGAAAUCGAUAGAACUCCCAAAGACUGUUUUGGAAAUAGGAGAAAGAUGCUUCUCUAGAACAGCUAUCGAGUACUUCUCUUUCGAUAAAUAUCUCCACAGAAUUGGUGAUUUUUGUUUCGCAAAUAACGAAUUUUUGACAAAAAUUGACAUGUAUAAUACAAAUUUGACAUUUUUAGGGAAAGAAUUGUUUGUUUAUGAUUGGAAUUUGAAAGAAAUAUACUUGCCGAAAAGAAUUAGUAAGCUGGAAUUCGGUUGUUUCUCUUUUUCAGGGUUGAAUCAAAUAAUUCUUCCGGAAUCUUUAAAAAUAGUGUCUGAAAAAUUGUUUUUCAGUUCACUUUUGACUUAUGCUGAUUUAAGCCGCACUAAUUUGGAUAGUUUGAAUUACCAGAUGUUUUAUAAUUGUACUUUGUUGAAAAGUGUAAAAUUGCCACAAACCGUUUUAGAAAUCGGUUUCGAAUGUUUCAAAAACUGUUCUAGUUUGUCCAAGAUAAACAUGAACUCCAAAAUUUAUAAAAUUUCUCAGGGAAGUUUCAGUUUCUGCCAAAGUUUGACAAAAUUUGACAUUUCUCAAACAAAUGUCAAAGAAUUGUCAAAAGAAGUGUUUCUGAAUACUCCCCUCAAUAAAAUAGAAUUGCCCAUUCAUUUGACAACAAUAAACGACAGGUGUUUUUCAGGUACGAAUUUGACAGAGUUCAUUGCGUCGGAAAACAUUUCUUUCAUUGGAGAAAAGUCGUUUUCUAAUUGUCAAAAUUUGAAAAUAAUUGAUUUGUCAAAAUGUGACAUUUCUAUUGUUCCGAGUGGUUUUGUAUUUAACUGCUCAAGUUUAAGCGAAUUCAAACUAUCGAACAACACAAAUUGUUUGGGAGAUUUCGCUUUCAGUAAUUGCGUUUUCAAGAAACACAAAUUUGGAGAAAAAAUUUUUGAAAUCAAAAAUUACUGUUUUUCUAGUUCUCCUUCUGUGGAAGAAAUCGAUCUCUCGCAGACGAAAAUAACAAAAAUAGAAGAAGGAACAUUUUAUAACUGUAUAAGUUUGUCAAGAAUUUUGUUGCCAAAUACUGUUUUUUCGUUUGGAAAUUUCGCUUUUACUCAAACAGCUUUGACAGAAAUUAAAUUUGUCAAAACGGUUUUUUCGGUUGGAAUCAGUUUAUUUGAAAAUUGCAGUCUUCUGGAAACAGUUGAUUUAAGUGAAACAAAGUUGACAUUUUUGAGUAAUUCGAUGUUUUACAACUGCGUAAAACUCACAAAAAUAAAAUUGUCACCUUUUUGUCGUCACUUUUCAAGACAAUGUCUUUCUAACACAUUUAUUUCUGAGAUAAAAAUCCCAGAAAACUGUGUUUUGGAAGAUAACGUAUUUUACGGUUGUAAACGGUUAGAAGCGGUUAUAAUUUCUAAUUUGAAUCAAUCGAAAAUUCCAAAUUUCCUGUUUCAUGGAACACUGAUAAAAACGAUUAAAUUCCCCUCAAAUAUCAUUUCAAUUGGCUGUCAAAGUUUAUCAGAGACGAAAAUCACAGAGUUCAUUGCAUCUAGUAGUUUAACAGAGAUUGGUGAGUUUUGUUUUGAAGAUUGCAGUUGUUUGAAAACAGUUGAUUUGCAAUCGACGAAAAUAGAGAAAUUGCCGCAAGGAUUAUUUUAUAAUUGCACGAAAAUAGAGAAAAUAAAACUCCCUGAAAACUUGAGAUCAAUAGGAAUCUCCUGUUUCGCUUUCUCUGGUAUAAAAUACUUCUACGGAACAAAAUUUUUGGAUGUAAUUCAAACCGCCGCUUUCAAAAAUUCUGACAUAAGUGAAGUGAACUUAAAUGAAUGUCCGAUUACAACUAUAAGUUCUGAGUGCUUCAUGAACACUUUUAAUUUGAAGAGCUUUAGUUAUCAGUACAUCGAAAUUUUCGAAGAAAAAUGUUUCAUGAAUUCGAAAAUUGAAAAGUUUACAUUUCAAAAAGGAUUAGUUACUUUAAAUCCAUUUUGUUUCUCGUGUUGUAUCAAUUUAGUUGAUAUAGAUUUGAGCUUGACAAGUUUAACUACUAUUUCUACAAGUUUGUUUGAAAAUUCAACAGGUUUAUUUUCAGUAAUUUUACCUGAAAAACUUCAAAAAAUUGACCAAAAAAGUUUUUAUAAUACUUCACUUAAAAAAGUGACAAUUCCAAGUAGUGUCACUUUCCUUGGAAGUUAUUCAUUUUCAAAUAACGACAAAAUUGAAGAAUUUGAUUGUUCUUUGUGUACUGAUGUUACAAUUAACGAUGGAUGUUUUAGUAAUUGUAAUUUAUUAAAACAAAUAAAUAUUCCUUCGAUAAAAUUCAUUGGAAACUUUGUUUUCGAAGGAACAAGUGUUUCGAAAGUUUCUUUGCCGAGUAGUUUGACAAAUAUAGGAAAAGGAAUUUACAAAAACUGUAAAUCCCUCGAAGAAGUUGAUAUUUAUCUUUUGAAAUUGACAGAAUUGACAUCGGAAUUAUUCAGCGGAUGUACGAAUUUGAAACAUGUUUCUUUGCCGUUUAAUGUGAGAAAAAUAGCUAAGGAUUGUUUCUUCGAUUGCAGGAAUAUAAAGAAAAUAAGAUAUUGCGGUGGUUCUGCUGUUAUUGGAGAUUUUAUUCUCCCUGAAGGAACUGUUGUUUUCGUUUCUGAAUCGUAUCCAAGCGAUUUGUUUGGAGGAUUCCCUGUGAUAAAGAGCUCGAAAUGCAAUGAUUGGAACGCAUUUGCUAAUAAACAACAGAAACCAAAUAUGUUCUUGGUGAUUUUCUUGUCUGUUUCGUCGAUUUUCUGUGGAAUCUUCGUUGUUUUGUUGGUGGCAAAAAUUGCUGGAUUGAAGAUUUCUUUGAUUGUUGAGGCAAGAAACCACGACACAGACAGAUUGAUUGAUAGAAAUGGUUCUAGCAUGUCUUACCCUGAAGAAGAAGAGUUCUUGUAG